UUUUGUUUCGAUUUCUUUCCAUCCUCUGUGCACGGACACGGAGCAGCCGUAGUCGUGGAAAUCGUGAAGCCAGGAUUCCGACGAUGGCUCAUUCAAAACAAUUUUGCUGGUCAAAAAAAUCGGUUCGUUCAGUUUAUAACUUGUAAACGGUGAAAUCGGACUUAUCGGUAGCGAUUGCUGGUUUGCUUGGUUUGUGAAGUGCGAACGUUAUGCUGUGAAAGAUUCAAGAGCCAUCGGAACAACAUCUAGCUUCGUUUCCUUUCGUGUAACUAUUAUGAGUCAGAGCCUCAAGGCCACAAUGAAGUCUGGAUUAAUCUAUUUUCUGCUGAUAUGCGGAUUCCUGUUCACCACAUUCUAUAACGUCGCCUCGGAUGUGCAAUUGCCGGCAACUGCUGGAAAUGGUGCAAAUUCAUCUUCAUCUCUCGUUGCUCCCCUGGUAAAGGAACCAGAUGUUAACUUGACAACGGUAGUUCCGGCCGAACAGCAGGUGGCGGCGAAGAAGGAUGAUUCGGCCAAGGAACUGCCGAAGAAUGCCACCACGACGAUGUCCCCGGAGAAGAACGCCGUCGAACAAGAACAUUACAGCUCAAUGUCGAUAUUCUUCGUGUUGUGCGUGAUUGCCCUUGGAAUACUGCUGAUCCACAUGAUGCUGCAGACCGGAUUUCAAUACCUCCCGGAAAGUAUCGUGGUAGUGUUCCUAGGUGCCCUGAUCGGAUUGAUUUUGAACAAUUCCUCCGUGAAGCAUGUGGCCAACUGGGAGCGUGAGGAGGUGUUUUCUCCUACGGCUUUUUUCCUGGUUCUGCUGCCACCGAUUAUCUUCGAGUCCGGUUAUAAUCUGCACAAGGGUAACUUUUUCCAGAACAUCGGUUCGAUUCUGGUGUUUGCCAUCAUUGGGACAACAAUCUCGGCACUGGUCAUCGGUUCCGGUGUAUACUUUCUGGGCCUGGCGGAAGUUGCCUAUCGGUUGAACUUUGUGGAAUCGUUUGCCUUCGGAUCGCUAAUUUCGGCUGUCGAUCCUGUGGCCACCGUUGCCAUAUUUCACGCCCUAGAUGUGGACCCUAUCCUUAACAUGUUGGUCUUUGGGGAAAGUAUCCUAAACGAUGCCAUUUCAAUCGUUCUGACGACAACGGUGAUGCCGAUGGUUUCCGGCUCCGGCGCUGAGGGAACCGGCGAAUCCAUCAUUUCCGCCUUGAAUACGUUCUGUUUGAUGUUCUUUGCGUCGGCUGGAAUCGGGGUUGUGUUUGCUCUGAUGGGUGCGUUGCUGCUCAAACACGUUGACCUAAGGAAGCAUCCUUCGCUGGAGUUUGGAUUAAUGCUGGUGUUUACAUACGCGCCAUAUGUGUUGGCCGAAGGCAUUCAUUUGUCAGGCAUCAUGGCAAUCCUGUUCUGUGGCAUCGUCAUGUCGCACUACACUCACUUCAACCUGUCCACGGUGACCCAGAUCACGAUGCAGCAGACGAUGCGAACGUUGGCUUUCGUGGCAGAAACCUGCGUCUUUGCCUAUCUGGGUCUCGCAAUCUUCUCCUUCAAGCACCGCUGCGAGCUGUCGUUCGUCAUCUGGGCAAUCAUCCUGUGUCUGAUUGGUCGAGCGUGCAACAUUUUCCCGCUGGCCGCGUUGGUCAAUCGAUUCCGCGAGCACAAAAUCACCAACAAGAUGGCAUUUAUAAUGUGGUUCUCUGGCCUGCGGGGUGCAAUUUCCUAUGCGCUUUCGUUGCACUUGCAGUUCUCGAGCGAAGAGACGCGCCAUGUCGUGAUCACCACCACGCUCAUUAUCGUGCUCUUUACGACGCUGUUCUUCGGCGGGUCGACCAUGCCACUGAUGAAGUAUCUGUCUGGUGGAGGAAAGCGAACUCGCAAGAACGCCCGAAGCACCAGCAGCCGGUUGGGAAGGAAGAAAAAGGAGAAGGUGCUGUCGCUGAGUAAGACGCGCGAGUGGGGACAAGCCAUCGAUUCGGAACACUUAUCGGAGCUGACCGAAGAGGAGGAAGUGAGCUUCACGCAAUCGAAGCUGGUCGGAUUUGCGCGGCUGGAUAGGAAAUACUUUACGCCGUUUUUCACCAGACGGUUCACGCAUCAGGAACUGCACGACUGCAAGAGCCAGAUGGCCGAUCUCACGAACAAGUGGUACCAAGCCAUUCGAAUAUCGCCCGAUGACCUGGAUGAAGAGGACGAAGAGGAUGAAGAUGUGGUGUCGCUUGCCGCAUCGGAUCGCUCGACGAACAUUCUGGUCGAUAGUGGACGAUCUGGCCGAGCAGGAGGAAGUGGAGCUAAGCAGAGCAAUGCCACGACGGCAUCGGCUGGCGGUGGUCCCAGUAGGUCAAAGUCUUGAUUGCGACAGCAACUGGAAGACGAUAGCUCAAUGUACAACACCUCGUUGGACGUUGGGUCGGAAAUAUUUCUGUGAGCUUUUGGCAGUAGGUAGACCAUGAGUAUUUAUCAUAUUUAUUUGAAAAAAGUCAAGUCGAAAAAAAUGAUUUCGAGCAAUUGUGCUGUGAUUGUGGAAGAAAUUGUUUGCAGGGCCAAGGAGCCGGGAAGGGUCAACAAAGCUAGUUAACCAAAAUGGAAAUUUUUAAAUAUCGAACAACAUAAGUGCAAUGAAUGUCGUUAUGUAAAUCAUGUAGCUAUAUAAAGUAAUGGAAAAAAUAUACAGACGCUAAAGAGUUUUGCUCUUGCGCAAAGUGAUACGAAGCCAACCAAACUAGUCGAAUGAUCAGAUAUACUUACGGUGCAAUGUUAGGAAGCUACACCCCCCACUAAUAAAAAGGUUUUAUAUUUAUCUUCUUCUUACUAACAUUAGCUGCAGAUCAUUCCAGAAUUGAACGUAGCUUUUUGCACAAAUUUUCACAAAACUAUGCUGAAGGUUUUACGUACCAAUAGCAAACAUCAAUGUAGAAUAUAUAAACUGGACAAACAGUAGGUAUCUUCAUCCACUUGGAAGCUUAUGACCUAUAAUAAUCUUUAUUGAAUUCCCUUCGAGAGUUAUGUUUGAUCGUUGUUGUAAUGUAAAUAUACUUUAAUGUAAUA